CACAGUAUACUAAAUAAACUUUUAUUUGAAAUGAUUCCAUUGCCUUUACUGUUUCCACUUUCCGAGAACACUUCGACACAAAAUUCUGAAAUGCAUUGCAAACGCUGUUUGUUUAUGUGGUGUUGAUGAUUUUCUUUCAACAAUAUUGGUUUAACGACUGAAUUAGUAUGAUUUUACACUUCAUUUUAAUAUAUUUAAUAAGAUUCAUGACAAAAAUAGCGGUGCAAAUUGAAAAAUAUCUUAUUUUUUUGUUUUGUUUUGUUUUGCAAACGCAGGUUGGUAUUUCUUGAGCAAUAGGAAAUGGCAAACGCAGGUUGCGAGAAUAUUCAAAGGAUAAUGAAACGCACACUGUACACAUUUUUGAAAGUCUUCUAAAAUAUGAUAUGGUUACAAAUACGAAAAUAUUAACUAUUCAACACAAUAUAUGACUACGGAACUUCAAUUGAGGACAUUUAAACAGAGCGGAAAUAUGCUUAUCAACACAUUAAGUACUGUUACAAGUAUAUUGAACCACAACGUGCGUUGCCUCCUUUAAGCGGACCUCGAAUGACGCUAAACGCGCCAAAACUCACGAAAAUCCCGUGCAUUAGUAAACACGCAUGUUUAUUGAACUGUGACGAAAAGAAUAGCAGAUAGUGUGUCACAUCCAAUCACUUGCGUUUCAUAUCUCUUUUGGUGUAGUCUUUAAAACUUUAUAAAAACAUUUUAGAAAUAUAUUUUAACAAAAAGUAAUUCUUUCAUUACAGAAACAUGACGCUCGUGUGUGAAAUCUGUGGAAAGACAUUUAAAUCGAAGUGGGGGUUAAAGCUUCAUGAUAAGCGCCACAGAGGGACUGGACGAUUCGCCUGUUGUGGAAAAACAUUUUACACAAAACAGGCGUUCAACAGACACAGAUGCAGCAUUCAUGGUGUUGAAAAGCCGUUCCCCUGUGAACAAUGCGGCAAAAAGUUUUCAACCAAAGAUGACCUGAAUCGUCACGUCCGGAGGGAGGUUGCUGCAAAGCAAUUUACCUGCUUAAUUUGCAAUGCAACGCUCCGGGAGAAAAUUGACCUUCAGGCCCACCUUGCCACCCACAAUGGAGAGAAAAACUUUGCUUGUGAUAUGUGUGAAAAGAGGUACAGGCACCGCAGUAGUCUAUCAAAGCACAGAUCUGCAAAGCACCGGGCCUAGUCAUCUGUUGCAUGACGAUGAUAAGACCAAGAAUUAUUUUUAAUUCUUACCAAUGUGCCGUGGUUAUUUUCUUAAUUAUUGAAAAUACAGACUGUCAUACAAUAAUAUAUAGUAUUACGCGUGUUUUUGCGUCUUAAACAUUGUGUUUCAUAUCGUUUAUCUUGUGUUGUUUUGUUUGAUAUUCCUGUUUUUAAUAAGAUUAUUG